AUGAGAAGGUUUAUUACUUCUGAGCUAUCUUUCAGGUAUGCUGUUGUGACAGGAGCAAAUAAAGGGAUUGGUUUUGGGAUGUGUAAGAAAUUGGCUUCAAGUGGGAUUGUGGUGGUGCUAACAGCUAGAGAUGAGAAGAAUGGCUUCAAAGCUGUUGAAAAAUUGAAAGAGUUUGGUCUCUCGGACCUUCUGGUUUUUCAUCAGCUUGAUGUGGAUGACCCUGCUAGUGUUUCUGCCUUAGCUGAUUUCAUCAAAACCGAAUUCGGGAAACUUGAUAUCUUGGUAAAUAAUGCAGCUGUUACUGGAGGCAAAUUAUUAGAUGCUGAUGCUUUCCUUAGAAAGAGAAACGGCGAACAAAUUGAUUGGAAUGAAGUAGGAUAUGAAACUUAUGAGUUAGCUGAACAAUGUGUGGAAACAAACUUCUAUGGUGUGAAAAGGGUAACUGAAGCCCUACUUCCCCUUCUCCAGCUAUCCACUUCUCCAAGAAUUGUAAAUAUCUCCUCCAGAGCAGGGCUCUUCAAGAAUAUACCAAAUGAGUGGGCUAGAACAAUGUUGAGUGACAUUGAAAAUCUUACAAGAGAAAAAAUAGAUGGGGUACUUGAAGAGUUUCAGAAAGAUUUCAAAGAGGGGUCAUUGGAGAUCAAAGGUUGGCCAGCUUUUGCUUCUGCUUAUACAAUGUCAAAAGCAGCUUUGAAUGCAUACACAAGGAUUAUGGCCAAGAAAUACCCUCGUUUUCACAUAAACUCUGUGUGCCCUGGCUUUGUCAAGACUGAUAUGAACAACAACACUGGACAAUUAAGCAUUGAUGAAGGGGCUGAAACUCCUGUAUUGUUGGCACUGUUGCCAAAUGGUGGUCCUUCUGGCUGUUUCUUUCAUCAGGGUGAAGUAAUACCCUUUUGAUAAUUGAAUAUCCAUUUCUUUAGCUAAAAAUUCUGAUUAAGUAGCUAGUUAUGAAAACAUUAAAUUCUAUCUAUCUAUAUCUAUAUCUAUAUCUAUAUCUCUAUAUAUAUAUAAUAAGACUAUUUUCUACACCAAAUUUAUGUAGGUUCUGUUUCUGCUAGCAAGUUUGUGGCA